AUGCCUUCAUAUGCAAAAUUUAUGAAGGAGUUGCUGUCCAAGAAGAGAAAGUUAGAAAAUGACAAGACAGUCCCUUUGACUGAAGAAUGUAGUGCUAUUUUGCAGAGAAAGCUGCCUCAAAAAUUAAAAGAUCCAGGCUCAUUCAGCAUUCCAUGCUCUAUUGGAAGUUGCACAAUAGGAAAAGCUUUGUGUGAUCUUGGGGCAAGCAUCAACCUUAUGCCUCUUGCCAUAAUGAAAAGACUUGGAAUAGAGGAAGUCAAGCCAACAAGCAUCACUCUACAACUUGCGGACAAAUCAUUUACUUAUCCAUAUGGUAUUGUAGAGCAUUUAUUGGUAAAAAUUGACAAGUUUAUUUUCCGUGCAGAUUUUGUCAUUUUAGAUAUAGAGGUGGAUGCCGAUAUUCCUUUAAUAUUGGGCAGACCUUUCUUAGCUACAUGGAGAGCUUUGAUUGAUGUGCAGAAAGGGGAAUUAAUGCUUAGAGUGCAGGAUGAAAAGGUUACCUUUAAUGUUUUGAAGCACUCAAACAUCCUAGUGAUGAUAGCACUAGUAUGA